AUGCCAGUACAAACUAGCCAGUCCUUUCCGGACGCAUUUCCUUCUUUUAUGUCGGUGUUUGGUGGUCCCCUUCCGCGAUACAAAGAAGAAGCAAACACUAUCCACCCUCUACAAUACCCAACCCAUGUCCCUGUCAAUACACGUCUACUUCCUUCCCCCCACCGCGAAAGUGUUUCAUCUGUGACCUCGGCAUCUACGGAGUCCUCCCCGACCACCACCAUCUCGCCCUUUGAUUCGCCCGGCGGGGGUGACGUCUCUCCGAGCUCGUCCCCGGAAUCUCCGUCUGCGAUGUCCGUCGCAUACCCAAAGUUCAUGCCUUCCUCACGGCCCGUGGAACUUGCGUCGCGCCUUGCGCCUGUUUGCGAACCGCGCCUGUCGCCACCGAACUCUCAUAAUACGCGCCCCGACUCCCCAAAUCGGCGGGCGCGCAAUCUCAAGAACCUGUCAUUGCGAAUGCCACCUCCAUCUCAGGCUCCCCCACCUAUCGCUACUUCGUCGGUGGUGGAGACCACGGCAAAACACCAUUUUGAUGCCCCGCUCUCUCCCAUCAUCCCGAUCCCUUCCAAUAACAAGAGCGCGAGGCGACGCGCCGCCAAUCUUACCAUCCAGACCCCCACUUUCAAUAAACCCUUAUCCGGUAUCGCCACCGAUGCCGUGCCCCCAACUCCAUCCCUACGUCAUGCAGAAUCCUCACCUUCGCUUGCAUCGAUUACAUCGCCUUCGUUCGCACCCCGGGGAGGUAUGAAGCUUCCCCGGUUAAUGUCACAUGGUGCGCGCCGGUUUUCUAGUGACCCUCCCGAUGAUGCUACGUCCCCUGUCACCCUGAAGCCGAUUGAUGGAUCUGGCUUCUCGCAUCGAGUUCUUGAUGGCCUGGAAGAGGAGGAUGACCACCUCGACUCGCGCGAGUCGACCCGCAAGAAGGAUCGUGGCUACCCGGAUGGGCCUAUCCGGAUCCACGACUCUGGCGUCUACCUGUAUCUUGAACCGACAGCAGAAGAAGCGGCCAAAUUCGAUGUCGUGAUCAACGUCGCCAAAGAAGUGGCGAACCCGUUCAAUACUAGCAAGGAUGAGCGGAGUGAUACAGUGAUGAGCGCAUGGCGAAACACCUCCAUGUCCUCGAAACGCUUCUCCUGCAGCGAGCCCCAGACCGCGAUUUCAGAAAUGUCCUUCAAGUCUGCCUGGGAAUUCCAGCCCUUGGAUUCCGAGACGGCAAUCCCUACUAUUUCCACCCCUGCAAAUUCCGUACCGGAGUACCUCCAUGUCGGUUGGGACCACAACUCCGAAAUUCUUGAAGACCUCCUCCCGCUCUGUGAGCUGAUUGACGACCGGAUCGCGGACGGAAAGAAAGUUCUCGUGCAUUGCCAGCUCGGCGCUAGCCGCUCGGCAUCGCUAGUGAUUGCCUACGGAUUGUAUAAAAACCGACACUUGGAUUUCAACUCGAUGUACGAAGCAGUCAAGGGACGCAGCAAGUGGGUUGGCCCGAACAUGAGUCUCAUCUACCAGCUCACAGACUUCCGCUCUAAAUUGUUGCGGGGAUCUACCUCUAAGCCCCCGCCCCAGGAAUGGUUCGUCCAAACCGGCCGACGAAGCUCAGAGCCUCAGGUUGCACGAGCUGAGCGCUCAGCGUCCAAUGAAUCAAGGCCACCCUUCCGUGGGCUGUCACAGACACCUUCAGUCAGUUGCCUCUCAAUUCCAGAAACGAGAUCGAUGCGUCCCAAUACAAGCGACGACGGUACCUACACAAAGUUCAAAUCCUACUCUCCCAAGCGGAGUCUGUCCCCCCGACCCCUCCCAUUCCGACAGAAGUUCCAGUCCGUGGGACCUGCAUUUGGCCGGCGAGGGUUACCGCGUAGCGUCAGCAGCUGUGACCCGCUCGUUCAGAGCCAUGUGUUUCUACGCGAUGCGCCAGACUCCAGCGAUGAUUUGUUUUCGCCGAGGACAAGCGCAUUCCUCUCGCCAACUCCUUUAGCACCACCAUCAUUUCACCGGAUUGAUCGCUCACCUUCCAUCCCUUACGCCAUAGGGUUUGCCACCGAACCGGCAGACCCUCGCUCGCCUCCAUCUAGCGGCGAGCCCCUGAUCAUGAGAUCUAUUGAUGAAUUCUUGUGA